AUGGAGAUAUCUCAAGAUUCAGAAACGGGAAUACACCAAAGAAAAGAAAAAUUUUGGGAUCGUGUUAGGGAAGUUUACAACGAGGAGAAACCCAGUCCAAAUAUGUAUACUCGAAGUUCAAGAUCACUUGAAACUCGCAUGCAGUUCACUGGUGCAAAAGAAUUGAUGGUGCUAGACACAAAAUAUAAUAAAGGCUUCAAGUUCGAGCAUGUGUGGUCUACUAUGAAAGAUUUUCAAAAGUUUGAUUGUCCUUCACAAAACUCUCGACAACAAAUGUCUGCAUCUCAGUCAGAUUCACUACCACAAUCUCCUAUCUCACCUGAUGGAUUGUCUAAUUUUUCUAUCAAUUUAAGCGAUGGUAGUGGCAGUGGUUCUGGAUCGUCACACCGUCCAGAUGAUUUUGGAGGAUCAGGAAGCGACAUUGGAGGAUCUGGAAGCGACGUUGGAGGAUCUGGAAGUGAUCUUGGACCUUACUAG